UGCUGACGACGAUUGGCCUCAAAACAGCGAUUCAGAAAAACAUGGGCGACGUCACGGAUACUACAUCCAUUAAUUAUACUUUCUAUGGAGUUAACAUACACUCGGAGAAAAUCACUACAAGCUCUGACUUUAGAACAGUCGUUUUUAAAACAGCGAUAGUGAAUGCAGUGUUGGAGUUAAUUCCUGCAGUCUCAGUUUCACUGUAUAAACGUCAAGAUGAGCAGUUUCCUCCUCUGAUCUGUUAGAGAGGCUUUAAAUCACUUAAAAUUUUUCACAUUAUUCAUUUGGAUUUUCUGAAAAUGAGUGUGAACCUAUUUUAAAGCUCUAUGGUGCGAACACUAUAAACGCUGAUGAACAAUGUGUUCUUGAACGCAGCCCAGUUGGUCCGCCGCCGCUUCGCGCCUACGUCACUUCCGUCACACAACCUUCUCCGAGACUUCAGCAAGAUGGCGUCUACGCUGUUAACGGAUGAGGAGCUUUUCUCCGAAUUAAAGAGCUUUGGGUUCACUCCAGGCCCGGUAACCGAGAACACCCGACCGGUGUACCUGAAGAAGCUAAAGAAGCUUCGAGAGGAGCAGCAGCAACGGGGUUCCAGGCCCAGUAAGACCCGCAGCGGGGCCGCCAUCAGCAGCUCCUCCGGCGGCAGCUCGGCGGGAUCCAGGCCAGCCAGCCGUGACGUCACGCACCUGAUCUCCAACAGGAGAGCCGGCCGGAAGUCCUCCGUCCUCGGCUUCAGCUCCGACGAGUCUGACGCUGAAACUCCUCUGAAGAAAAAAGGCAGCUCCGGGUCUCCACCCCCACCGAGGACGCGGCCUAACGCCACUCCGAGCCCGGCUAACAGUAGCAGGUCCUCCUGGGGACCGGGCUCCCCUGGCUGGAGGGUCCGCGUUAGAUCCAGCUCCGGGGCCGGGGGGAGGGCUGAGGAAUCCGGAGAAGACGAGGACGAAGAGGGGGGCUCGGAGAAGAACUGUCGGUCUGUGAACGGUUGUGGGGCUCACGGGAACCAGCUCACAGGGGAGUACUCGGACUCCGACGGGGACGAGCGGGGCUCAGGCCCGGGUACCGGAGAUCGAUUGGAGCCCAGACCGAGCUACCCGAGAGCGGCCUUCCCCUCACACAGAGCCGGCAGAGGGUCUCAGACAGGAGGGUCCAGGGAGGAGGACCAGCAGGAGGGUCUCACCAUGGUGGGGGACCGGGGGGAGGAGGGAGACUCAGACACUCCAGGAUCCUUCAGGACUCACAUCUUUCCCCGGAAGGCCAUCUACGUGUCCCUGAACCAGAACCACGGAGGAGAGGCCGGAAAGAACCACCACGUGUCCGGGGAGCCCGGAGCCUCCAGCCGGUUCAGCAUCGGGCUCAGACCCCGGUUCUCCUCCUACAGCAGCCUGGCCCACACCCACCGGACCAACCACUCAAACCACACCGGCCCCUCCCGCUCCUACAGCCCGGCAUCCAAAGCUCCGCCGCCCGGGCCCGAGGACGAGCUGCUGCAGCAGUUCAAGCGGGAGGAGGCGGCCUCCUCCGGCAGCUUCAGCGCCCACUACCUGUCCAUGAUCCUCCUCACGGCGGCCUGCCUCUUCUUCCUCCUGCUGGGACUCAUGUACCUGAGGAUGAGGGGCUCUGGGACCCUCGAGGACCCAGCCAUAAAGAGUCACCCUUUUGGCAGUGACUUUGACUCUUCUUACGACAAGACGGAGAAAGACCUGAUCCUGAAUCUGCUGCUCAGUCUGCAUGACCACUUGGCCCAUAUCGCAGGCCAGCAUGACUGUGGAGACAAGCAGCAUCCAAACAGAAGUCUGACUCUAAACCAGGCCUCUGAAUACUUACAGGCCCAGAAUCAGCUGUUCAAAGACUUUAUUGAAGUGUCUCUGGAGUGGAUCAUCAGGACAAGACAGGAUGUGGGCAUCAGACUGUCAGGGCAGACGGAUGAUGACCUCGUCACUGAGAUCUCUGAGAUCUCUUUCCUCGAGUCCACACAUCCCAAAAUGCCGUUCAGCUGUCGCUUUCGCCGAGCCUUCCUCACAGUCAUCAGCAGAGUCUUCCUCAUCGCAGCAGUGGUCGGCUGUGUGUGGAGUGUGGUGUGUUACAUGAAGUAUCGCUGGAGGAGAGAGGAGGAGGAGACCAGACAGAUGUACGACAUGGUGGAGAGGAUCAUCGACGUGUUGAGGAGUCACAGUGAGGCAAGUCAGGAGAACCAGGACCUGCAGCCGUACCUGCCCAUCCCGCACGUCAGGGACUCACUGGUCCAACCUCAGGACAGGAAGAGGAUGAGAAAGGUUUGGGAGCGAGCGGAGAGCUUCCUGUCGGCGAAUGAGUCCAGGAUCAGGACUGAGACUCAGACGAUCAGGGGAGCAGAUUACCAGGUGUGGAGGUGGAUCCAGCCUUCACUCACCUGUGACAAAACCUCGCCGGGGCCCUCCAAAGUGUGGCAGGGGAAAGCUUUCCCUCUGGACCGCAGAAACUCUCCUCCCAACAGCCUGACCCCGUGUCUGAAGAUCCGGAACAUGUUCGACCCUGUCAUGGAGGUGGGUGAGAACUGGGACUUGGCGAUUCACGAGGCCAUCCUGGAGAAAUGCAGCGACAACGACGGCAUCGUUCACAUCGCUGUCGAUAAGAACUCACGAGAGGGCUGUGUGUACGUGAAGUGUCUCUCUGCAGAGCAUUCUGGGAAAGCGUUUAAAGCUCUUCAUGGCUCCUGGUUUGAUGGUAAGCUGGUGACCGUAAAGUACCUGCGUCUGGACCGGUACCACCAGCGCUUCCCUCAGGCCCAGAGCUGCAGUUCCCCCCUCAAGGCCUCCAGCCCGCCCCUCAACACGCAGAGCAGCAACACAGGCAGCUUCCUGUCACACAGAGCCUCCCCCUCUUCCUCCCCCUCCUUCUCUUCAUCAGGCUUCUCAUGAUAUUCAUCUCCCCCUCCAGUCUGCUGCUUCAUCACAGGAACACUUCACAGCUCAUGUUAGAUCUUCUGCAGAGGCUCCUCCUCCUCCUCUUCAUCAGCUGCAUGUGUCAGUCUGUGAGCUCUGAUACCAUGUACUCCUGUUAUUAUUGUUAUUAUUGAUUAUGAUUAUUUAGUCAGGGAGGAGGAACACCACAGGCUGUACAUACACGAGAAGCUUUAUGACACACACAUACGCACAUACGCACACAUACGCACACACACACACACACACACACACACACACACACACACACACAGAGGGAAUGUGUUCCUGUCAGAUAUAACCCGUAUAUUACCACGUUUAUAUUGUUUCAUAUUAUUUUUAUUUACCUCUGUCAUGUGGGCGUAUUUGUGGCCCCUCCCCCUCACUGAGGUGUGUGUGCUCACCUGUCUCUCAGUGUGAUGAACGAACAGGUGGCAUAGACUUCCUGCUCAUGUGUUUCUAUUUAAGACGAUCCAGGAGACGGAGUCGAUGUUGGAUGCAGUGGAUUCAAGUUGGACUCAGUUUUUGCAGUGUGAAAAUGUACAAACGAUGCACAUUUCAAACUGCUGCUCCACGAGGAGCAGACACCCAGCUGUGCCUUAAACCAGAGCGUUUCAGUCUGGCACCGCAUCACUGGAACAAGAUGUUGGACGUGAUGAUGGUGCAGUUUAAAGGAUGGGGACGCCCACCAUAGAUGGACAUCUUCAAUUUGGUAUUUUGUAGCAGUUUCCUUUGUUAUUAAACCAAAUGCUUCUCUCUAUUUAUUAUUCUUAUUUUUAUAAAUCAGCCCUGGUGAUGUCAUCUUAACAUCACGACCUGUUACACUUUCAGUCAGAGCGAUUGAUCAACAUCAGCUCCGAAACACGCUUCACCAGAGAGAUAAGAAAGAGCUGAAUAAAGACUGAUCUGCUUGAAGUCCAGCAGAGACCAGCAGCUUGAGGCUCCUCCUGCAGCGUGAGGGUCCUCCUGCAGCUUGAGGCUCCUCCUGCAGUGUGAGGCUCCUGCUACAGUACGAGGCUCCUGCAGCGUGAGGACCCUCCUGCUACAGCCAAAGGAUCCCCCUGCAGCGUGAGGACCCUCCUGCAGUAUGAAUGUUGGUGAUGAACGUUGGUGAUGUUUGGAUGUGACGGCUCUUCUGCUGCUCACUUUGUUUUCUGUGUCUUCUUUCUGGGAUGUUUUUUCUGUAAACACUGUACAUUGAUGUAAUUGUAACAUGUUAUAUUUUAUGCAGCUUUAUUUUCAUGGCGUUGUUUUUUUGGAGUCCCUAACCUGCGAGCCAGAGGGGGGAGGUGUACAAAACUACAGACAUUUAAAAAGAAACAGAAGUUUUAAUGUAAUUUGUCAAUUGUACAAACAGCUCAAAUUAAAGGUUUAUUAGGAGUUUUUAA